AGGAUGUAGCUGAGGGGAGUUCAACUAUGAGUGGCUAACUCACUCAGGUAACUAACCUAACUCGACCUAAAAGCCGCAUGCUUCUCAUUACAUUGCCGGGUUGUAUCUAAAGGAGCAACCGAUACUAGAGAGUUACAGAUCGUAUAAUGCAACGUGGAGAGCGGCGUGACGACAAGCAUGACAAACAGAGAGGGGGACGGACAAGCGCCCAAAGCGGGCGCGGCACCGGCGGGCGCAGCUCUUCUAACUCACAACAGAGCGGAGCUCUGAUGGUUGGACCUAACUUCCGUGUAGGUCGUAAAAUUGGGUCUGGUAAUUUCGGAGAGUUGCGUGUGGGUAAAAAUCUCUACAAUAACGAACAUGUCGCAAUAAAACUGGAACUAAUGAAGUCGCGAACACCCCAAUUGAGUCUGGAGUACAGAUACUACAAAUCUCUUGGCCCUCACUUGGGAGUACCCGCGGUGUAUUACUACGGGCCCUGUGGCAAGUACAACGCUCUGGUGAUGGAGCUUCUGGGACCCUCCCUCGAGGACCUCUUCGACCUGUGCGAGCGUACUUUCUCACUAAAGUGUGUCCUGAUGGUCGCCAUGCAGCUGCUUCAAAGGAUAGAAGUGGUACACAGUAGAAAGUUAAUCUACCGGGACAUUAAACCGGAGAACUUCCUGAUCGGCCGGCUUGGUAUGAAGAACCAGGAUAUCGUGCAUAUCAUCGACUUUGGGCUGGCUAAGGAGUACAUCGACCCUGACACGAAGAAGCACAUAGCAUACAGGGAGCACAAGAGCUUGACAGGAACUGCUAGAUACAUGAGCAUAUCUACCCAUCUCGGCAGAGAACAGAGCAGAAGAGAUGACCUGGAGGCGCUGGGAUACAUGUUCAUGUACUUCCUACGUGGUGGUCUCCCCUGGCAGGGCCUUAAGGCUGACACACUGAAAGAACGAUAUCAGAAAAUCGGGGAGACGAAGCGCAGAACGGCUAUUGAAGAGCUCUGUGCCAAUUUCCCUUCGGAGUUUUGUACAUAUCUUCACUAUGUCCGGAAUCUGGACUUUUUCGAGGUUCCCGACUACGCCUACCUCCGCAGAUUAUUUCAAGAUCUCUAUGAGAGAAGUGGUUUUCCCUUGGAUGGGAAAUUUGAUUGGUCUGGCAAAGUUCAUCUAUUAACGCGUGACAGUGACUGGGGUAACCCCACUGAGUCACGUGGUCACCACACUCCGCACAAUACCGCACAGAACGGUGAGAUCCGUGAGACGAUGCAGCUGUCGCCGGCGGUCCAGCAGCGCGGCGGCACGGGAGGUGCCACUCAGGCUCACGCUGACGCUACUAGCGAAAACAAUACUAGGUUCUGUUGCUUCGUCAAGAAAAAGAAAAAGAAAAAGAGCACCUCUCAGCACAUUUAACACACCUUGAACCACCACCUCUUCUUUUUACCCAACCCAAUCUUGCGGAAGAAAGUAGAGCUUCGAACACAACAUGUAAUCGGGUCAAGUGAUGACGUCACGUGAUGUUUUGAGGAGCAGGUGACGUCACGUGUACAAUGUACAGAGUCACGUCAUCAUUCGUGUGUUCUCAGUUUAGUCAGAUGAAAUAUUGCACGCACGCAAACUUGCGGGGAUUAUUAAGCAGACAAUUGUGUACAUUGAUUUUAUAACCCUUAAUUAACUAACGCAAGAUAUUCAUGAUAUUUAAAAAAAGUAACUGAUGAUCUUAUAUAUAUAUCCUGCCGUACUUACUGUUAGUAGUCGAAACUGUUAUAUGUCUGUAAUUUUUAGCCCCCUUUUGGUUAUGGUAAUAAAAUUUGGGUUUAAAUUCAUAUUAUUGAUAAUGAUGCAUAUUAUUCAAGUUAUGAAUAACGUAUGUAUACCAAACUGUCUAGAGUUUAUAAGUUUUGAUUACGCAAUAUUCAAGACAUAUUAGGGAUUUGAGUCCAAAGAGAAUUCAAAGAUCUUAGUAAAUACAAUAUUGUACCAACAGAAAUCUUACUAAAUGUAUUGUACAUUUUUAAAUUAUAAGGUUACAUUAGAUCCUUAUCCUGAUCAACUUGAUCGUACAUCAUAUAAAGCCUAAAAUAUUUUCUCCUUAAACCUGAUUUUAGUGCAAUACUACUCUAACUUAAAAUCUUGUAUAUUUAUACCGUUCUCAGCUCGUUUAGUGUGGAUUUUUGGUAACAA